UUGCAUCUUCAAACAAACGAGAUUGUUAGCAUCAUGGGCAUCCCAUCGCAACCGGCAUCAAAUGCCAUCAUCUACCUGACCCUUGGCGCCUUCUUAGUCGUCGGGUGCUACAUUGCAUUCCGCCUGCGCAACCAGUCUAAGCUAGACUGGCUGGCGAGUAAUCGGACACAAAAGGGUGUACCGCUUGCUCUGAACUUCAUCGCUUCGGGUGAGUGCCUCCGCGCACAUGUGUGAAAGAGCAGCGGCAACGACGUUUGGAAGCAAGAGGAAAAACAAAAAGCGCAAUUCAAAGUAUUAAGGUCGAUGAGGAAGACCGAUGAUCAGCGCUGGGAUCCGGUAUCCUGUUUACGUAUCCCCAAAUCGCGACAAUCGCGGGAGUCCAGGGGCUUCUGGUGUACGCAUUGUCGUCGUCGCUGCCGUUAUUGGUUUUCGGCGCGCUGGGCCCGAUCAUCAGACGCAAGUGUCCUGAGGGGUUUGUGUUGACUGAAUGGACGAGGCAGCGGUAUGGGGCUGUUGCAGGCUUGUUCCUCAGCGCGUGUACACUGAUUACUAUGUUUCUGUACAUGGUGGCUGAGUUGUCUGCUUUGCAGCAAAUUGUCACGCUGUUGACGGGAUUGAAUGGGCUUCCAGUCGUCAUCGUGGAGUGCGCUGUCACUACCAUUUACACCUCUCUCGGCGGAUUCAAAGUCUCCUUCCUCACCGACAACAUCCAAGGCGUCAUGGUCCUCGGCCUCAUCAUCAUGGGCGUCAUCGCCGUUGGUGUCGAAACAAACAUCGAUCGCUCCCUCAUUGAUCAGUCGGGCUAUCUCAAACCCAGUCUUCUCGGCUGGCAACUCAUCUAUAUCCUGCCCGUUGCCAUUCUAACUAACGACUUCUUUCUGUCUGGCUUCUGGCUCCGCACAUUCGCCGCACGCACUGACAAGGAUCUGUGGAUCGGCGUGAGUCUUGCGAGUUUUGGCGUGCUGGUUAUCUUGACGCUGGUUGGUGUGGCAGGUUUGCUGGCUGCGUGGUCCGGCGCGUUGCAACUUGGUGAUGCAGAGGGGGGAUACAUCUCCCUUUUUCUCUUGCUGCAGCAACUCCCCUCGUGGGUAGUUGGCGUCGUACUCGUCAUGGUCAUGUCUCUGUCCACCGCCGCAUUCGACAGCUUCCAAUCCGCCAUGGUCAGCACGGGAUCCAACGACUUGUUCCGCAACAAGCUCAACAUCUGGGUGAUUAGAGGCUGCGUAGUCCUCAUCAUUAUCCCAGUCGUCGUCGUGGCGCUACGCAGUCCAGACAUCCUGCAAAUUUUCCUGAUCAGCGACUUGGUCAGUGCAGCAGUGGUGCCGUGUUUGGUCAUCGGACUCUCUGAGAAGUUCUACUGGUACCGCGGCUUUGACUUCGUGAUCGGUGGUCUCGGAGGCAUUUUCACCAUCUUCCUGUUUGGACUGGUGUACUAUGAUGGUGAUGUCACUCAAGCCGGUAAAUUACUCCUCUUGGAAAACGGACUAUAUGCGAACGACUGGAGCGCUUUUGGUGCUUUCGUUGCUGCCCCAUUCGGUGGCCUUCUCUGGGCUUUUGGCGCUUGUGCGCUUCGCAUUGGCUUUCUCUGGAUCAUGGCAAGAGUCAAGGGUCAUCGAUUCGAUGCGUUCGACAAGCCGGUUCCGAGACAUACGGCACGUCUUGGUGCGUUUGACGAGCAGGAGAAUGACGCGGUGCUCGAGCAUGGCAGUGUCGUAUCUCACAAGGGAAAAUUCUUUUGAGAACUCUCUGUGGCGUAGAACAAGGCGAGUUGAAGUGUGGGAUGAAGCGGGGAAAUGUGGAGUUGGAGACUGGAUGAAAAUAUUGUGAGGAGAUUACAUAUUUGCUGGAUAUAAGUAUAUAUGAAGAAUACUGAACGCUCAUUAAUUCGUG